AAAUACCAGCACUUACCGAUCUAGUAGAUAGAGGGCGCUAUGCAGCAGUAUACUACCCGAACCCUGCAGACAGUGGCUUAUUCGAAGUUGGUGCUCAACACCCGUCUGAAGACAGGUGUACUAAUCAAGCCCAAUGGACAGUGCUGGGGAUGCAAGUGCAGCCUGCAAGUGCCUAUCACAGAAGAUUUUUAGAUGAUAGCAAUUUGACAAAAGUUGCUCAGCUAGUUAAUACUGGAUCUCUGCCACUAUACAACAUAUCGGUUCAGUUGAGAGGAUUUGGACCACCACUUACAAGACUUAUUGUAAAACCCAGUAAUAGAACCGCUACCAGCGAUAAACUGUUUUUGUCUGACCUAGAUGGAGGUCAAAGUAUGCCAUUUGAUAUUGAAUUAGAUGCCAAUGGGUCUGUACGAGGGAGGAUUGGCAUUAUAUUUACUUCCCAGUCUGGGACAGUUGCUAUAUACUGGUUAAAUCUGAGGCUCGAUGUUCGGACACCUUUGCUUAGAGCGAACCC